AUCAUAGUGCCAUGCCCGGGAUCGAGCGUCGCCAACCAGGGCCAGGGUUAUACAGUCUGCCUGUCUUGUUAUCCCACACCCCCCCUCCUUGGACACGGACACACGGAAGCUCCCAGGACGUUUUCAUGAGCAUAGGCCCUCACUCGCCUUCAAACCGCCGUGUUUAUACUUAGCUCCGUAUUCUGCUCAAGUUGUACCGGAUCUCCUUCUUCGGAGGUUUUCCUCUGGCGAGGGUGGCCGUCCUUAUUUACACCUUCCCCUCAACUGCCAGUCACCCUUGUUGCUGCCACCAUGGACAUCCUGUUCUCCCCAUACGGUGUUGGGGCCAUGCCCAAGGCGGCCAUGGCAGAAAUCGAACGGAGAACGGAGGACUUGCUCAAAUCCAGCAGCUUCCAGCGAAUGGUUGAGCUAGAAAAGAAGUAUAAGACGGAGCAAUCCCCACGUCCACAACUCCUUCUCCCACCACCCCCAACCCAGCUCAAAGACGGCCCUCCGCCUCGGCCCGAGCGUCCGGACAAUCUAUUCCCACAAGAGCAAUUCCUAAUGGUCAGAGCCACGCAACGUACCGUUAUCCCACCCUCACUAUCCCUUGCCAUACCCCAGGGCGCCGGCAACGAACGGCGGAACCAGCUAAACGAAUGGGAGGUCGAGGAGGACGACGAGUAUGAGGAGGUCGGCACUCCGACAAACAAUGAGCCGUUUCAGAAGCAAGUGAAAUUUCUCUCUCCAGAGGGCGACGAUGACGAAGAUGGCAAGUCGGAGCAAUCAUCGAUAUGCCAGUCUCCUAGUUGGGAGGGCUACGGCCAGAGAAAGAAGGACAAGAAGUUCGAGGCCGAGCGUCGAAAGAAAGAAAAAGAACAGGCCGAAAAAGAAGCCAAAGCUGCGAAGAAACGGAACACUGCGAGGCUAAGCAAAGCGCCGCCACCGCCGCCGCCGCCGGCCACAACCAGUCGGGAUUCCAGACCUUUGGCGUUGGCUGCUACGGAUCGCUCAAUGUCAGACCCACUGCUCGUCAGUCGGCAACUGAUGCAGAACAACCAUUCCAUCCAUCGGCCGGAAGAAGUCGGGCGGACAGCCUCUGCUGACGAUCUUCAACAAAGUCGCUGGCAUCAGCCUGCCUUGGCCGAGAUCGCUUCCGGCUCGGGCUCCGGCGCUUGGUACAGUGAAGGCAUGGGCGACCCUUCUACGACGACGAUACCCCAUCAUUUGUUCCGCGACAAUGGCCCCGCUCCGCGACAGGAGAUGCGCAGGUCCAUGUCAGAAGGGCCAGCACCACCCACCCAACAGUCUGCCCCACCCCUCCCAUCAAAAGUUGAGAGUCGGUCUCCGCGUGAUGCAUUUCCACCUUCGGCUUCGAGAACCCCCAGGCUCCGGCACAUGUCUCCUUCUGGCGCCCGAGGCAACUCUAUGGCUCAAGGGAUGUCCAGCGCCAACCACUCGCAAGAGCCGCCCGCUGCCGUUCGCAUCGCCGAUGGGCCUCGCCGCAACGGAUAUGUGCUUCAUCAAAGAGCCCAGGUCGCUGAACGGGCGAUGGCUGGUCUUGCCGACGAGCAGCUAGUUGCGGAGGUUGGUCAGUACUAUCCACCCUCGAGCUCCAGUCCUGGGCAGACGCAGCACGCGAGGCGGUCCUCUUUGACACAGGAAGCCAAGUCUGCGGCGAUGAAACUUGUGGGUAUCAAAGCUCCCUCCUCCGGCAGAGACGGGAACGACCAAAUCGAUUACUUGACCUUCAAAGCAAUCCCAUACUCUUCUAGUCCCAAUGCUCCGGGAUCGGUGGGAAGCAUGCCCGCGUCACCAAGGAGUGUUGACGGAUCUUUCCGGUUGCAGGAUCAUGAACGGCCAUCAACUGCUCAAAGCUCUGCUAGUUCGAGCGAUCCAUCAACUGCCAGUUCUGGUCACAGCAGCCACAGCCAAAAAGGCCGGAGCUUGAGAGAUGUUACGAAAUCCGCUCUAGGCAGGUCCAAAGAGGCUCAAAACCCCGCCGAGAGCUCUCAGCCAUCCGUUCUCUUGCCACCAUAUUUCAGGCUGCGGGCUCUUAUGCACUCUCGGGCAUCCAUCCACGCAGAGAAUAAGGCAUCCCCACAAACCACCUCAGAGGCCGCUUCCAACCUCGCGGCGGCUUCGGCUUCCCACCAAGCCAAACCAACCGAGAACGCGGCUCAAGGAGGCUCCCGAGCAUCUGAGGGUUCGUCGUCGUCAUCCGCAUACGAAGACGGGUCGCCGCUUCCAUCAUCAACGACAACCCCAGACACUUCGCGGCCGCAGUCAGCAAAAGAUAUUCCGGUGGUCGCGAGGGAGCCUCCCAAGAUGAAUUUCGAGCGUUCUGGGCCUCAGGAUGAUGAACGAACGCUCCGCCAAUCACCAGAUUCGAGCAAAGCAAGCACACCCCGUGUCCGCAACUCGGAGACGCGAGGAAGCGUGGAGUUGGGAAACGAAGACCGUUGGAGCAGGACAGCCUUGCCGAUCGAUAUCGACUGCGAUGCACAGUCUUUCAUGACCACGGUCUCCAACUUCGAUAACGUGGAUGAUACCGAACAACAGGUGUCCCCAAAGAGACCGCCAUCCCCUCAGGCGCCUAUUGAACAACCGAAACCCCUCAGGGUGGCACCAAAGUCCGGUCCCACCGCUAGGAGUGCUGAACCCGCAAUAUCCAUUCCACCGCGAUCUCGGAAACGAAGCCAGAGUUCGCCAAACGGAUCGUCAGUUGCCUCUUUCCCUUCAACAGACCCGCAGCAGAAGGAAGAUGCAACAACGCAGGACAUGAUGGGAAUGUCUGAGCACAAUGGAGACGUGGCUAAGUCCAGGGAGUCACCGAAAAUGAGGGCGUCAAGAAAUAACCCCAAACCUUUCGAAUACGCAAAUGAGAGGGAACCGCAAGAGGGCGGAUCAGAGAGGUACAGAAAGAAAUUUGAAGAAAGGCGGACGGAGCAACGAGAACCAGAGGCAACGUCGGAUCUUGAAGGGCGGAGGGGUGAAUACCCGGCCCAGCUUGCUCCCGGCAGCCCGCAGCGCAACCGGGCGCCCGGCUCGAUAUCCUUAGCCAGCUCGACGGUUCCAUCCGCUGGGUCGACACCUCCACAAACUCUAACUCCGGAUUUUCAAGUGCCCAACGACCAUUAUUUCGGUGAUCUUCCGGAACCACUCACAUACCAUGGCAUUUUGGGCGAGAUUCCAACUUCAGCCGGGCCGCCGUCCCCCGUUUCCCUACCGAGCCCACUUCACCAGAUGCCGUCAAAACCUCCUGCACAGCCUCGAGCAAAUUCUGCUCCGAUCCCUUCGCUAUCAUCGCUGGCGGCAUCAGGAGCUUCCACGCCAUCGGCCCGGCCGCCCGGGGCGGCGCCAGUCUCAAUCUUGAAACAGCCCAAGAGUUCGGCAUCGGACCGGCCGCCGGCCCUCUCGGCGCUCCCCAAACACAUGCAGCUACAAGCGGGGGUCCAAGUGCGACCGCCGACGGCGGGGAUGGCGCCGAUCGCCAAGAUGUUUGUUGAGUGCUGCAACUGCAAAUUCUACCACGACAUGCCGUCCAAACUCUACGAGUGCAUGGCCAAGCCGGACGCGGUGGUCGAGGACAAGCUGCUGGGCAUCUCGGGGGCCAUCACCACCAUGGUCAAAUGCCCCUGGUGCCACCACAACAUGAGCAGGGGCUGCUGUGCUGGGUAUGCGGCGGUUGUUUACCUGAAGGAAAAGUUGCAUUGAAGAGGGGGUAAGAGCAUCACUAGAGUCGGAAAGGAAAGCAAGAGUGCUUCCGACUCGUUUCUUUCCAUGAUACGCCGGUCCUUGACGAGAAAUUGCUGACUGA